AAAAGUCAUGUUAUCAUAAGUGUUGGCAACAUUCGGUGACGUGCGGUACGCUGAGAUCAGCCCGUUGUGAUUGUCAAAGGCUGGUUUACGGUGUAAGGAUACCUAGUUCUUAUUAAAACCCUCGACAAUGUGGCAAGAGGCUCGCAAACAAGAAAAGCAUAUCAAGACCUUGAUGGUCGAUUAUAAGAGGAGAGCAGAGCGAAGGAGAGAUUAUUAUGAGCGCAUUAAACAAGACCCAAUUAAAUUUCUUCGCCUUUUCGGUCGAUCUUCCAAACUUCAUCUGGACUCAGAAGUGACAAAAGCAGCUGAAAACCCUAAUAACAUGAUGCCUUGGAUUGGUGAUCCGUCUAUUAUGAUAGACCGCUUUGAUGUACGUGCUAGUCUGGAACAUUAUGACACUCGAGCAGCUGACGAUAUCAAACUGACUUCAACAGAACGAAUCGAAUCUCGACUAUGUAACUACGAACGUUAUCGAUGCCUUAUUCACAAUGAAUAUGCAUCAGUCACCGAAGCAAUGGCUUUGAAGCAAAUUGAAAUGGAUGAAAAGUAUGGAGAUUUGGAAAAGCGACGUAAAGAGGAAGAAGAGGUUGCUGUCAAAAAAACUCAAGAACCAAAAGCUGCUAUUGGAUUUGUUUAUGAUGAUAGUACGUGUUUUUCUGAAUCGUCCACAACAAAUACCCAACCUUCUGCACCUCAAAAUGAUAGUGAUUCUGAUGAUGAAGCAGAUAGUGACAUGGAUAUUGAUGUUGAAUUAGAUGUUAGCACACUAACAACCGAGGCUCGCCGUCAAUUGGCCAAAUCAGCUGCUACAUACGGUUUGCAUCCAUCCGAUUUUGUACGACUUUUGGAUGCUGACCAACAAUUGGAGACUGAAUUACGGUUAGCUAAAGCUUUGGAAGAGGAAAAAUUGCAAUUAUCUGGUCGUAGAUCUAGACGUUCUAGACGUUUAUUAAGAGAACGUCGAGCUCAAGAGAAAUUUCCACGGUUGCUGACCACAAAGAUUGGUCUUUUGAAUGGACAACCAAUAUCCAGACGAACUGUCUACUUAUCUGCUAGUUCGUCAGAUUCUGGCGAUUAUCCAUCGGAUGUCGAAGAUCAAGAUUUUUCAGGUAUUGUAUACGGAAGUCCUACUUCAAAAGCAGCCACUAUUCGUGCUCAGAGAGCUCGUGCAAAACCGAUUCUUUCGAAUGCUCGUGGACCUGCUGUUCUUAUUGGUGGGAUGACAUCUAUAAGUUUAUGUCGUCGGAACAAUAAACAAUCGGGUCGCAGUUUUGGUUCAAAACAUCGUUCUACACCUGGUCGUAGUUCAAGCAGUAGCGGAGGAAGCGUCCGAGGUCACCGUUCCAGUUCAUCUGAUCGAUCUUACUCUAAUCGAAGAUCACGUGGUGGAUUUCGUCGCCCCAAACACUCUCGUGUAGAAUAUAUUACUACAUUUGGUGAUGAUGAAGACAAUUUUGAUGAUAAGCGAAAUAAUGGUGGGAGUUCACGAUUUGGUUCAAAUAAACAAACAGGAUUAUUUGAUCGAAGUGGAGGUGGUUUAUCAGGUCCAUUCGAUUCUAAACCUCCUGGAUCUGCUGCGUCUGCUGUCGCAGCUUCGGUUGUUUCCAAGCUACUUAGCUCAGGAUCGCAAUCAUCAACAGUUAAGGGUAGAAGUAGUUUUGUCAAUUCCUCUAGUCCAAAAUCCAUCAAAACUGAAUCUCGUGUACGUUCGCCUCCUAGUUUUAGUGAUCGAAGAAAACCUCUACACCCAAGAAGUCGCUACCGCCGUUCCACCUCUCAAUCUCGAUCUAGUAGUCGGCGAUCGCAAAGUUCUCGUGGUAGCAGGAGCCGUAGGAGAUACCAUAGUCGAACGCGGAAUAGUAGCAGUAGCAGAAGUCGUCGAGGUUCCUACAGGAGGUACAGACGUAGUCCGGACCGUUAUCGCUCAAGACGCAGAUCCUCUUCAUCGAGAAGAUCGCGCUCUGAUUCUAGUACUUCAACAGAUAAUCGAAAAUCUAACUAUGAUCGAGUUAGUACGAAUCCUUCUACGAGAUCCUUCAAUCAAAAUGUACUACAUGAAUCAAACACUGUUGUUCAAUCGAAUGCCCAAAAACAACCUUCACCUCCAAUACGCAAGCGAUAUUAUCGUCCUGAAUUAGAAUCUGCCGAUGAAUUGGAAUUGUCAGAUGAAGAGCAAAAUAAUUCAAAAAAAGAAUCAUCCAAAUCUUCUGACGGCAAUUCCGGAAAGCCAUCAAGAAAGUCGGAUUCAAACUCUUAUGGAAAUUUCGCGGGUAAGAUGACGUCCCAACAAUUGGUCACGAACGGUCCUAGUUCAAGCCAUGAUUUAAAAACUCCUGGCAUUGGUGGUGGUGUUGGUGGUGGUUCAACAGUUCGUCCUCUUAUGCCACAAGAAUUAUUGAAACGUCGUGUUCAAUCACAAUUAACUAAGGCUUUCAACGCUGACAAAAAAGCUGAGUUAGAAAAACAAAUUCAAUUGGAACGAGAACGUCAGGCUCGAGAAGAAGGACUUCGUCGACAAGCUCGCCUUCUCAGACGCCAAGAAGAGAAGCGCUUACGUGCUGAACGACGUGCUAUGGCUAUACAGUUAGGAUCGGUUCUUGGAAAUUCGUCCGACGACUCUUCAUCUCAUUCCUCUAGUUCAUCGGGUAGUAGACAUCAUAGUAGUAGUCGUUUUAGGUCUAGACGAUUUCAAGGUUCACCAGUUCGUCGACAAUCAUCAAUGUAUUCGUCUAGUAGUCGGAAAUAUUCUCCCCCUCCUACUCAUUCAACACGCAACCGACCUAGAAUAGAGUCGGAACGAGGACUUUUAGGCAGUCCAAGUCGUACUACAGAUGGUAGACUACCGUCUCCACCAUCUAAUUCAAAUUCAAGUAAUUGCCCCAGAGACACACGUGGUUCUACUGAUCGAAUUCCCCGAUCUAAUAACUCAUUACUUGGUAGUCCUAUGCAAAAUUCUUAUUCCGCUUCAAAAGAUCGUGGAACUGCUUCAUCGUCAUCUCGAUUUAUUGGAUCCAGGGAAGAACAACGACGUUACAACUCCACGCGUCCUUACACAUCAUCAUCGCGUGGUGCAUUUACAAAAAGAUCUGACUGAUAAUAUCGAUGAUCGUUUCAAUAUAUGUUCAAUUGGAUUGAGCACAUUGUUGCCAAAUCAAUCAGAAUAUAAGAAUACUCACUCUCACUCUAUACAUAUAUGUAUAACAGAAAGAUUAUUAACAACGGUGAAUGCAAAUUCACUUUAGAAAUUAUGUUCUUCUUUUGUAAUAAAUUUUGGAAAGAACAAAUGGCGAAACUGUAUAAUCUAACCGUGAUUUAAAUAUUAUUAUUACUAUUGUUAUUAUUAUUAUUAUUCUUGUGUUAUGAUAUUCUACAUUGUUUACAUCAUUGUAUAAAAUAAAAAAAGAAGAGAAAUACGUACAUUCAUCAUUGUCAUCAACAGGAGCAGCACUGUGUUUCUGCCUGUUAAUGACAAACAAACAGUUGAACACAUACAAACCAAUUAUUUAUGAUGCACACACACACACACACAUUUCUAUGUAUAUUCAUUUUCAAAGAAAUAAUAAUUUUC